CCGUGUUUAAUAGACGUCCGUUAAUAAAACACUCAGAACUCUAUACGUAGAUUGCGUAUAGAAGUUUUUGAACUAAAUGUGUGUGACAUAGUGAGUUUAUUGUGAAGUUUUUUCGUGAUUUUAUAUAAAUCACGACUAAUACUUUUGCGGAACUAAACGGAUUUUAAAAAUUGUUAGAUGAUAGUGAUGUGGUGAAGCACACUGCGUGAUGAUGAGGCUCGAGCCAGUGGAGAAGCAGCAUCGGUAUCACAACCUGUUGAACGACGAUCAUGCCAAUGAAAUGCUAGAGAGCGAGGGUGCCGGGUUGGCAACACGGGUCGCGGAGCUGGAGGUGAAGUGCUCGCGGCAGGCGGAGGAGCUGCUGUGUCUGCGGUCGACCCUAGCUGAUGCGUUGCGGAGGCUGAACGCGCUGGAGGGCCGGGCACCGGCCACCACCACCUCGCAGCGGAACGGCGCUUACACAGGACCGACAGGAACUCCUACCAGAGAGCUACGGAUCAGACAGUCAACAUACAGAGAGACUGCCAAGAGAAGCUCUAGUUACGGCUCCAGUGCAUCAUCACUACCUCAAAGACGCGGUCCUCAGCACCAAUCAACAGGCUCCCUCCAGUCAGACUCGCCGGCUUCUUCGUCGUCGUUAUCGCCGGCACCCUCGCCUUCGCCUCGCGCCACCCCCGCACCAAACCACGUGCCACAACAACAACCCUACAGAUCCCGAAACAAUUCAACUUCGAGCAAUCAAAGUCCGUCUCCGGGAGCCACGCUGACCAAGAGAUGGAACUCCACUGGCGAUUUCAACACGCAGGGCCUCCUUCCUAAUGCCAGGUUCACAAGCACCAAGUCGUUGCUAAAUUUGUAUUCUAAGCCAUCGCAAAAUGGACCGAUCCUCAAACAUGGCACGCACACGUGUCAGUACAAUGAAGAGGAUGGUUCGAUAAGAAUGUACCUUCGCGGCAGACCAGUGGUGCUGCACGGUCCCAGCGACCAGGAUACGUUGGACCCUGCUAAGGUGGCGCCACCUCCCCAGAACAAGCUCAAGUUGGAAUGGGUGUAUGGCUACAGAGGUAAAGAUUGCCGCAAUAACCUGUACCUGCUGCCUACGGGGGAGGUGGUCUACUUCGUGGCGGCGGUUGUGGUUCUCUUCAACGUGGACGAGCAGUGCCAGAGACAUUACACCGGCCACACGGACGACGUCAAGUGUAUCACGGUGCAUCCCAAUAAGUUGGUGAUCGCCAGUGGACAGUGCGCAGGCCAUGAUCGAGUUGACGCUAGGCCCCACAUACGUGUCUGGAACUCCGUCUCCUUAGCAACUCUAGCUGUGAUCGGCGCCGGCCACAUCGAGCAGGCCGUGGCGUGCUUGACCUUCUCGAGAGCUGAUGGCGGCUCCCUGCUGGCCUGUGUGGACGACGGGCCAGACCACAUCAUCACGGUGUGGGAGUGGCAGAGGCCAGAUAAAGGGCACUGUCUCGCUGAAACUAAGUGCUCGGUGGACACGGUAGUGGCGGCGGAGUUCCACCCCCUGGACCGCAACCAGAUCGUGACUUGCGGCAAGGGACACAUCGCCUUCUGGACCCUGGACGCCUCCAACGUGCUCUACAAGCGGAUGGGGAUCUUUGAGAGCAGAGACAAGCCCAAAUACGUUACCUGUCUCGGAUUUAAUCACACCGGUGACGUCAUAUCGGGCGACAGCAAUGGCAACCUGAUCGUGUGGGGCCGCGGCACCAACACGGUGGCCAAGUUCGUCCGCGGCGUCCACUCGGGCUCCGUGUUCAGCGUGUGCGCCCGCAAGGACGGCGCGGUGGUGACCGGCGGCGGGAAGGACGGCCGCGUCGUGCUGUUCGAUAGCGACCUCAACCCCACCGCCACGGAGACUGUGAUAGAGGGUCACUAUGGCGGAGUGCGGGUCAUAGCGGAGGGUCGCGGCUCUCAGCUUUACAUCGGAACCACCAAAAACUGCAUCCUGCAGGGAGACGUGGAAUUGGGCUUCUCACCCGCCGUGCUGGGUCACGUGGACGAGGUAUGGGCCUUAGCAGCUCAUCCAAGUCUGCCUCAGUUCGUGUCGGCCGGCUGGGAUAGUCUGCUGCAACUGUGGGACGGGCUCAGCCAUUCCACCGUCUGGAGUAAAGAUAUCGAGGAGCGCGCCCAGUGCAGUGCGUGGUCAUCAGACGGCAGCGUGAUCGCGGUGGGGUGUUUGAGCGGCAAGUGGCUGGUGUUCAGUCCGGAGUCCCGGCAGCUGCUCGCUCAACACGUUGAUGGUACCGAACCCAUACAAACUAUAGAAUACUCACCCGAUAACAAGUUAGUGGCGAUCGGGUCCCGAGACAACUUCAUCUAUAUCUACCAGGUGGAUGACGAGUGCACGCGGUAUUCCAGGCUGGGGAAAUGUUUGGGCCACUCCAGCUUCAUAACUCAUGUGGACUGGUCACAGGACAGCCAGUACCUCAGGAGUAACUCCGGAGAUUACGAACUUUUAUAUUGGAACGCCACCACGUGCCGCCAGGUUCCGUCGGCGUCGGCCAUGAGGGACGUGCAGUGGGCCUCCAACAACUGUCCCAUCACGUUCACGACGGUGGGCGUGUGGCCCGAGAGCGCUGACGGCACCGACAUCAACUCCUGCGCCAGAUCUCACGAUAGCCGGUUGGUGGCCACCGGCGAUGACUUUGGCAAGGUCAAACUGUUCGCGUACCCGGUCACGCAACCAAAGUCGCUGUGCCACCAGUACGGCGGUCACUCGUCCCACGUGACGCGCGUGCGCUUCCUGGCUGACGACACACGGCUGUUGUCCGCGGGCGGCAACGACACCGCGCUCAUGCAGUGGCUUCUGGACUAGGCAAGCGAGUGGCUCCUGGACUAGGCAAGCGAGUGGCUCCUGGACUAGGCAAGCGAGUGGCUCCUGGACUAGGCAAGCGAGUGGCUCCUGGACUAGGCAAGCGAGUGGCUCCUAGACUAGCUAUCUUGUGGCUUCUUUACAAGCCAAACGAAUGGCUCCUGGACUAGCCAUGCGAAUAGCUCCUUACCUAGCUGAUCAAACCACCCUUUACACAAAAUGUACAUUAUGUGCUUGAAAUAUCGCUCUGUAAUGCAAUCAGUCAUAGCAUUCGUAAGUUUAUCGAUCAAUGAUCAUAGAAUACAAAUAGAACAUAAAAUUAUAUUUUAUUGUCUAAACAUUACACCUACUUAAUAUUUUAUUGGUGCAAUAACUAUCCUAGAUGGAGCCACGGCUCACCUUAAUUGUAUUUACACUGAAUUUCUCUGAUCUGUUUCUGUAGUUAAUGGACUCUUGCUUAAACAUAUACACUUAGAAUAAUAAAAACCCGCCUUAACUUAUACUAUAUAUAUAUAUAUAUAUAUGCAUAGCGCAUCCAAUAUACUUGAUGCAUUAUAAUAUUUAUAUAAAAGUAGCCGACCGACAGACCAUGUUCUGUACAUAAUAAAAAAAAAGCUGUUUUUAUUUAGUUAUCAAAUGCCUUCGUGAAAAACUCAAGCAAUGAAGGGAGUAACAAAAAAAACAAAAACGUAGGUACGACAAACAGCUGAUAUUUAUAUAUUUUUAUGAUUUAAUUAACUGAACAACAUUGAUGUACAAAUAAUUACCUGUGUAAGUUUGCCUUCACAACCCUAGUAGAAUGUAAUAUUACCUACAUAUUAUUUCCUUCUAAUGGAUCUAACAACAAGAAUAUUUGUUUUGUACUAAAUUUGUUGGUGAAUACAACUCGACAAUUUUCAUCAAUCACAGAUAAUUUUAUAUAACAACAGAAGAGCAAACGUAAGGGACCAUGUUUAUAAGUCAUUUAAUUUCCUCUUUUUAAGGUAUAAGUAAAUAAUUUAUUCGUUUGUUGCCUGUAUCACAAGUCCAUUUUAAGUUUGCAGACAUGAUAAGAUAUAAUUUAAAAAAAUAUUAUCAAGUUUAUUUUGAUAUAAUAAUCAUUCAUAUACAUUAUAGUAAGAUAUUUUAUAUUGUCUAUAAUAACCGAGGCAAGAUUUUACAUCAAGAUUUUUGGCACAAAUACACGUUGAUGCACAGAUACAGCUUGGUGAACUGUGUUUAGUACAAAGUACAUUUUAUUUUAGAUAUUAAUAUAUUAUUAUGUUCACUGCGGUUGUGAUACCAAUGAGUGGCUUUACGAAAUCCGUCGGUUUCAUUUUAUAAGUAAUAUUUUUAUUUUAAGUUUAGCAACACUAUUUUAUAGUAUUUUAUCACGUGCAACUCUGCGAAUAUUGUCAAUUAUUGUGAAUUAAGCUUUUUAAAUAUAGUUUUUGUAGAUUUUAAGUUUUUUAUUAAGUUUCAUUGCAAAUAUUUUAAUGCUGUCUUUAGGCUUUUUAUUUUUAAGUCGUAAUAUCAACGUUUAUAAUAAGAGUAUAAUUAUGGUAAGAUUUGUUAGUUUUGUAUUUAUAAGCUAGUCACGAUUAGGUCAUUUCAUUUUAAUAACAUUUUAACUCUCAUUUCCUAGAUUAAGAAUUAAGUGUUUCUGUAAAUACAAUAAUAUAUGAUGGCUCUGUCUGUCUUUACAAUGUGCCUCUAAUAAAAUAUGAUAAUUUAA